UGACCCGGUGCGCUGCGCUGCUGCAGUGCCCGAGGCGCCUGCUACUGUGACAGGUAUGCAUGUGCCCAGCUGCUUGCUCUUAUCUUCUUGCGUUUCAUUGCGCUCGCGCUGUAUGAUGGGGUUGCUUGGGCAUGGGUAUUUUCUACACUUUUUUCGAGGCAACGAACGUGGGUAUUUCAGUUAUCAAUGUGCAAAAGUUCAGAAAAGGCCACUCCCUCCUCUGCUUGCCGUGUGAAACUAUUGGGAAAUGGAUUUGCAUAAUCUUAAGCGGUUGGUGAUAGGACCCAGGAGACAGGCACGCAGACUUGGGCAUUGGCAGCCCAGUCUUCGGUCCGAGGAUGCAUACAUCUGGUCGCAGCUUGUUGUCUUGUCGUCCUGGCCGGACUUAAAAACAUGCCGACCUCUGUCCCUGUAGCAACCUGGUACUUGAAUGGCAUUAUAUAUUAGCUUGCACUUAAUAAAUAAAGUAAAUCUAGCACGAUUCUCGCUGGAUACUACACAGGCACAGGCACAGGCACAGGCACGGAGUAGUAUCGACAGGCUUUCUUGGAUGUUUGUUGGGCAAGUUGUAUAAUGGCUUGCGAAUAAUACAAGGUAUCCUAUUGCUAUACGGUAGGCAUGCAUGGAUGUUAUAAAUAUGCUGUAAUCUGAGAUUAUCUGAACCCAGCACACAUUUUGCCCACAUAAGUACUAAGUUUGUGCUGCUCCAAAUUAUAGGUAGGAGUGUAUUAAAUAGCUGCAUGAAGCUAGAACUCACUAGGAGUAGACUGCAGAAAAGGAUUGCUGCGCUUUUAGAGCAUGGUUAAUAGUAUAGCCAGCUGCCGGCUAUAAGCCAGUGCCAUGUCAUUUACAGUCCAUCUUAUAGUUAACAUGUAUAAUAGUAGAUCAAAAGAGUAUAUUACUUUUUUAUUAUGUGGCCCACUUUUCAUUCUCACAAAGUGCCUAGGAACACGUGCUAGAGCUGACUUUUCACGAAGAGCCCGCUUACCUUCUCUCUCCCCUUCUCUUAUAACCCGCUCACUCAGAUUUAUUGUACUUGCUCAUAUGGCCACACCGGCGAAGAUUCGGCUAUUUGAAACGGUCCAGGUUUUUGUCCAUGGGAUAUUAUUGGUGGGCUGGGUGGGACUGCGAUGUGGCUUUGAAGUUCUUUAUCUUGUCUCGCAAACCCACCUCAGUCUCGCAAACCCCACACACCCCACCUCAGUCUCGCAAACCCACGCAGACCCACAUACGCUACAAUCUUUAGAGAGGAGCUAGAGAUUUUCAAGGAAUCUCAGAGCCAUGGAGGAUCCCGGAGAGCAGAAUGGCAAUGCCCAUGCCCCUGCAGCUGCCGGCAACACUCUCAACGAGCCGCAGCAGUUGCAGCAAGAGGGCGCCGACGAGGAGGCUGAGCUCCUAUGGAAGCUGAGGAAGUACUUGGUGCUGAUGGCCAUCCUCGUGGCGGCCAUCACGUUCCAGGCGGGGCUGGCCCCGCCGGGCGGCUUCUGGCAGCACAACGACGAGCACGGCCACGUCGCCAGCGACAUCGUGAUGAAGUCCAGCUACCCCAGGCGGUACCUUGCUUUCUUCUACUACAACACCAUGGCGUUCGGGGCCUCGCUCCUGGUGCUCAUACUGCUCCUGCUGAGGGAGUUGACCCACAAGGCGGCCUGGCUCCGCGCGCUCCAGUUCGCCAUGAUUCUUGGCUUACUGGGGCUCAUGGGGGCCUUCGCCGCUGGGAGCUGCAGGGAGGUGAGGACCUCUGCUUACAUCUGGGUGUUACUCCUUGGCAUCUCCGCCUAUGUCACACUCCAUGAGGUGUUCUUCAAGCACCUGGCACCUGAGCGGCUGCGAAAAUUUCUAUCCGGUGUCAGUAAACGUUGGAAGGGAACUCUGGGGGACAUUUUCACGUCAUCAAAACCAGAUGAGCAAAAGGCUUCAAAUGCAGAGAGGGUAGCCGAUGAGGGAGUGACUUCAAUCCAGAUGGAGGAACCUGAAAGAAAUGGCAGCCCCGUGCAGGUUCUUGCAGAAGAAGAGAAGAAAAAGGAGAAAGAGGCUGCAGACAGAGAGGAAGAUCUUGAAAGAAAUCGCAGCUCCUUGCUGGUUCUUGCUACAUUGGUAGCAACAGUGACAUAUGUGGCAGGGCUAACCCCUCCAGGUGGCUUCUGGUCUGAUGACAACAAGAACCACAUUCCUGGUGAUCCGGUGCUGCGAGACCACUAUCCACGCCGAUUCAAGGCCUUCUUCUAUUGCAAUGCCACUGCUUUUGCUGGAUCACUUGUCAUCAUCAUCAUGGUCCUCAGUCAAACAGCGGUGGAUCUUGUUGUCAAGUCAAAUGCUCUGCGGUUGUGUGUGGUAGUCAGUCUAUUUGGGCUUAUGGGGGCAUAUGCUGCUGGAAGUUGCAGGGAGGUACAUACAUCUAUCUAUGUCUUUGCACUUGUUGCCACAGUCUUGCUCUACCUCAUCAUCCAGUGUAUUGAGCCUGCUCUGUCUAAGUUGGCAUGUAUUGCAAACACCAUCACUCGUGUGAAAAAGAGAAAUAAAGAAAUGGUUCAGCAGCUGAGGACUUUCAUCGCUGACUUGUUAAAACCUCCCAUACCAGUAAAAGAUCAGUCAGACAACAGCACUCCAGGCACUGAUGGUAAGGAUUUCCAGAAGUUGCGCACAUACCUUCUAUUACUUGGCAUCCUUGCUGCCACAGUCACAUUCCAAGCUGGGCUGAAUCCACCAGGAGGCUUUUGGACAGAUAACAGUGAUGGGCAUAUUGCUGGUGAUCCAAUUUUGGAGACCAUUAGUCCCAAGCGCUACAAGGCAUUCUUCUAUUGCAAUGCCACAGCAUUUGUAGCCUCUUUGGCCAUCAUCAUCCUACUCCAGAGCCAUUUGAUUACCAUUCAUGCCAUGAAGCGUUAUGUACUGCAAACAGCAAUGACACUUGUGCUCUUUGGUCUUAUGGGAGCCUACGUUGCUGGAAGCAGCAGGAAGUUCUCAACAUCCAUUUAUGUGUUCGUCCUAGUCCUCCUAGUUUUCGUCUAUGUUGUACUUCAUAUUCUAUAUGAGAGGACACUAGGGAAUACUGGGAGCACAGCAGGGAAUACUGAGAGCACAGCAGGGAGUACUGAGAGCACAGCAGGGAGUACUGAGAGCACAGUAGGGAAUACUGGGGUUUCCAUGGCAGAAACCUCCCCAAAUCCUAGUUCAUCUGAACCUACUCUUGAAGAAAAAAAAGAUUUAACCUCCCAAAAUCCUAGUUCUUCUGAACCUACUCCUGAAGAAAAAACAGAUUUGCAGAAGAGGCGCAAGUUUCUGAUGUUGCUCGCAAUUCUAGCAGCUUCUAUCACAUACCAAACUGGUAUAAGCCCACCAGGUGGCUUUUGGACUAACGGCCACCGAGCAGGUUAUCCAGUGUUUCGUGACGAGUUCCGAAACCGCUAUAGGGUGUUCUUCUACUUCAAUGCUACUGCUUUCAUGGCAUCCCUGGCAGUAAUUCUGUUGCUUGUUAACAAGAGGCUAUGCAACAAAGGUCUGAGGUGCCAUGCGCUAUGUGCAUGCGUAUUGAUUGAUCUGAUCAGCCUCAUGGGUGCUUUUGCUACUGGAAGCUGCAGAGAAGUGUCAACAUCUGGCUAUGUCAUUCUUGUUGUUCUUGCAGUGUUUGUCUAUGUCAUAAUUCAAGUCCUGGUUCUGACACCAAAAGAUAAGUGGAAUGAGUUGCUGCGGCCUUCUAAGCACCAAGAUCCAUCAAUGAAUCACACGAGAAGUAUACAUGAUACUGAUAGUAAGAGAACAGAGCACAAAUGGCGCAAAGAUUUGAUGCUGAUUGGAACUCUUGCAGUCACUGUCACAUACCAAGCCGGUCUGCUUCCGCCAGGAGGAGUUUGGCCUGAUGACCAGGAUGGCCAUUUUGCAGGUGACCCAAUCCUCCAUGAUACCAACCUAACACGGUACAAUGUAUUCUUCUAUUGCAACGCUACAGCAUUCAUGGCCUCAAUGGUCAUGGUCAUCCUCCUGCUGAACAACACAAUAAGCAAGCACAAGAGAUCUCUCUUUGCCAUGAAAACAGCAAUGGUCUUGGACUUGCUUGGUUUACUUGGGGCAUAUGCCGCGGGCAGCUGCAGGAAGUUGAAGACAUCUGCGUACAUUUUUGCGCUCGUCAUUGCCGUGAUAAUCUACAUCGUCAUUCAUGUCUUGUUGUCAUUUGACGAAGUGGCACGGUUAGCGAAGAAGAAGGGAAAACAGUGGGUGCCAUCAGUGCCAUGUCUGAAGACCUCGUCUCUGCUUGGAAUUGAUUCAAACAGUCAACCAUCUAUUGGGAGACCAGGACAAGGGCCUCUGCCUGUGUAAGAGUAGUCUCAAUUGUGACAUUUGUUUAGUUUAUCAUGAGAUGAACACAACCUCCAUAGUUUCAGUUUGCGUUUUAUGCUUGCUCAAGGCCAUCAUGUAGUACUAUUUGGUGCAUUCUUUGAAUGUGAGCACAAAACAAUACAAAUGAAAACUGUGAGCUGUGAA